AUGGAACCUCCGCCCCCCCAAGCAUCUCCCUCCCCAGAGCCAGGCCCCUCGUCGACCCCCGAGGCUCCGGGACAGCCCCCCAGGCUGGGCCGCUAUCUCCUCAUCGACACACAGGGCAUCCCCUACACGGUGCUGGUGGAAGAGAAAGCUGAGGCGCCCCCGGGGGAGGUCCCGGCAGGGUCCACCUCGAGGAAAUGCUACAGCUGUCCCGUGUGCUCCAGGGUCUUUGAGUACUUGUCCUACCUGCAGAGGCACAGCGUCUCGCACUCGGAGCUCAAGCCCUUCGUGUGCGCCGUGUGUGGGAAAGCCUUCAAGCGGGCCAGCCACCUGGCCCGGCACCGCUCCACGCACCGAGUCGGGGGCGGCCGGCCACACGCCUGUCCCCUGUGUCCCCGGCGAUUCCGAGACGCCGGGGAGCUGGCCCAGCACGGCCGAGUGCACUCAGGGGAGAGGCCCUUCCAGUGUCCGCACUGCCCGAGGCGAUUCAGUGAGAGGAACACCUUGCAGAGACACAUGAGGAGGAAGCACCCGUGACAGGGGACUUGGGGCUUUGGGAUCCUGGCUCUUGGCUAAUCUUGGCUCUGGGUCUCGAUUUCCUCCUCUCUGAACUGAGGGGAUCUGACACACCUCCCCAGCCUCAGAGGCGCCUCUCCCGGGGUGGCCAGCCCUUCCCUCCCAGAGAGCACUGGCUGUAGGCGUCAUCCCGCCAAGGAGGCUGAGCACGGUCUGUCUUCUCCUGGAUGGUUCUGGAGAGCUUCACAAGCCGGGGACCCUCAAUUCCAGCCCCACCCCCACCCGACCUAGGGUAACUCUUGUUGGGGAUCCCCCAGAACUGGCCCUGGGAAGGAGAUGGGGCUGUGUCCUCUGUCUCUUCCACAGGUGGGGUGUUGUGGAAGGGAACCCCCUCCCAAGGGCUGCAAACCAAUGAGCAGAAUAAAUGCAAAGUGACUUUUCA